AUGUCGACCAACGCGUCCCGCAGACUGUCCGCCGUCCCCCGCCCCCCUCCCACCCCCGCAGACUCCGGCGACGACCUCCAGGACGCAGACGUCUCCUCCGUCUCCUCCAGUGGCAGCUUCAUGGCCACCGUCCGCGCACGCAAGGCCCGCCGUCGCUGGACUGCCCCCGCCCCCGCCCCCGCCCCCGCCCCCUCUGCGCGCGUCCACCCGACCUCGCGUGUCCCAGCGCCCAUCCGCACCGAUCUCAGCCCCUGUAGGUCCAACCUGGAGCGCGGUCCCAACAUGUCUCCACUCACCGAGGGCACGGUUUCGUCUGCGUGGUCCACACCCCUCCACACCCCCGAUCUUGCCGACUGGACAACUUCCAUGGGCAAUUAUGGCGGACACUCACUCCUUCUGGAUCAUCCCAUCCCUCCUCGCUCCCCCACUUCACCCACUUCACUCACUUCAGCCGCUCGUUUCAGUCACCCUCCGCCCCCUCGCACUCCCACCGGCUCGCCUGCACACCAUCCACGUCUCUCGUCCUCGGGUUCUCGCGACCUUCGCUUUCCGUCCCCCCACCUCGACCCUCCCCUCCUCAACUUCAUGCCUGGCCUUCCUCCGCUCAAGCUUCCUCUCGCCGACAUCUCCGCCCAGGUGGACACCCAGGAGUACCACAGCCCCCCUUCCCCUGCCUCCGACGCUUAUUCCACCACGUCCCUCUUCGCCAUCUCCCCCCAACACCUCAGCCACACGCCCUCUGAUGCCGAUCCUCCCCGCUUCAACGUCCUCCCAGCGGAUCCGGCAGAAGAGGUCGCCCCCCAGUCCUACCUCCCGGCAUUCUCUCCCCAAUCGGUCACCGGCAUCUACUCUCCCACUACCCCGGACGUCUCUGGAAGCGAUUCCCCUAUCCUCCCCACCGGCACCGUCGCUCACAUCGCGGACCGUAGCCGUCCCGAGUCGGUUCGCUCCGCCUACAUGGACCCGGACAUCGACGCGUUCGCGCUCGCGACUGCGGUCGCCGGCUCCAACCACUCGUCAUUUGACCUCCCAUCGUCGGUGGUCUCCGUGGCGGUGCUCCCCGCGGUGUCCUCGGGCUUGCCUUCGCCUGAGCUCCCUCGUCCGAUGAACUUGAGGACGGAGUCAGGAGUCGCGUCCACUGUUCAUGUCACACGCGAUGUUUCAUCCGCCGCAGCGGAAGUUCUUAGACGGGGUAGCGCCGAUCACGAUCGCACCUCCCGGCGGCACUCGACUCCUGAGCCUAGCUCAUGGUACAGUCCCAACAUGGAGCCUCUCCACACGAUCACCAGCCGUGUGGACGUGGAUGUGGACAACCAGCUUGCGUCAGGGCAACAGAGCCGACAAAAGCAGCCUGUUUUUGACUCGGUGCGCAAGAUCGGUUCUCGCAUCCGUGGCCUCUUCAAGUCCAAGGCGGAGAGCAAGAUCAAACGCAAGGAUGCCGAUACCCAACCGGAGUUUGGCAUGAUGACUCGGACUACCGCCGUGACCAAUGUCGAAUACCAAUCUGAGCAUCCUAUACCCUCUCCUAGCCCGGUGGCUAAGCUCAAUCCCUAUCGUCGUCGUCGCUCGUUACCCCCACCCGCCCUCACCGAUACCCUGGCGCCUGUACCGAGCAGCUCCUCUAUGUUUACCUGGGCUCAUUCCUUGUCCGCACCUGUAUCGCAGUCCAAGUCCAGCCUUCCCAAACCUCAGGUCCCCACUGUCGACCAACGUCCUACACAAUCACUGGACGAUCCCUCUCGCUCGCCGCAUACUCCCAAACCUCGUAGGGAUAGGACAAACACCAACGGCAGCGAGCGCACUAGGGGUUCGCUUUUCUCGCUCACCCCUACCGCCGCGAAGCCGGAGUUUAGCUCUGUCCGGUCGACCACUGCUCGCGUCCAACCCGCCCCAGGCUCACGCCUCGCGGAACUUUUCCAGGACAGCGCCUUUUCCAUCACGACUGAGCCAGAAUCAUUUUGGGGGGACGAGCUGCCAGUCGUUCAAGUUGCCGAAACAAAUGCGGAAGAACACCCAGCAAAUUCGUUGGACUUGAGCGCCCCGUUCUCAGAGCACAAGAGGAUGGAGACAGCCCCCUCACAGACGGCACCGAAAUCACAGGCGGCGGUCGACAUGGAGCAGUCUGCAGCAAACGACAAGCGAUCCCGACGGUUCUCCCUCUCCUCACUCAUUAGCAAGCGGUCUUCGCGAAGCGGGCCUUCAAUGUCUACUGACUCGAAAAAGGGCCGCCAGCGCUCUCGUACCAGUGUCAUUAUCCCCGCCGUCCCACCUCUCCCUGCGGACAAGUUCGCCGGCCUGUCUACGUCACUACUGUCACCUCCCGACUCCCGGGUCUCUGUCCUGAGCUCCGGCGCCGAGUCAACAUAUUUUGACGCCCCAGACCACCCACACGACGAGUCCGACCUCGAGAGCAUGAGCUUCGCACGCAUGUACGGCUCCACGACCAACGGCUCUUUCAUGAGCCUCGGCUCGAGCACGGACCGUGAGCGGCCCUCGGACCAUGGCGGUAGCGGGCGGCGCGAAGCGAGCGAGGCCUCGACGGCGACGGCGACAUCGAGCCAAUCGCAACCACAGUCGCUCUUUGCCCGCGCGACGCACGGGCGCGCACGCCGCGUCUCUGCGGUCGCGCAGCUCGUCGGGGAGAGCGAGAGCGCCCCGGUAACAAAGACGCUCCGGUUCUCGCCUGGGGGGAGCUUCGGCGGGAAGGAGGCCGAGGACGCGGACGCGGACGCGGGCAGCCUCGUGGGGAGCAUGCGCGGCCUGGAGCGCGAGGAGGACGCGGGCUUUAUGCACGCGCUCGGGUUCGAGUACGACGAGAUUGUGCGCCGGGUGCGAGAGGGCUCCAUCUGA